AUGACCAAGCAUCCAUUUCGAUCACAAUAUGCCAGCUCAGCCAGGAGAACCCACCUCCACUUCUGUCUCUUAUACACAUCUUAUGCCAGCUCAGCCAGGAGAACCCACCUCCACUUCCACUGGUGGACCACGUUGCUCACUCUUCUCGGGCUGUGGUGGGUGUUCCGUGACUUGCUAUACACAGCGUGGGCGUUGGCAGCUUUGCGCCUAAGUUGGCGCGCCGGCGCUGAGGAAUUCGUGUUGUCCAAGGCACACGAUGAUUUUGACAUCACAUUUAUCGACUACGACAAACGCCAACUGUCGGCAGCGCCGCACCCAGACAUCGUGCCGCCGGUGUUUCAUCACAUCGCACUGGGCAAGCACCGCUGGAAGAACCGUUGGCAGGAAACGCGGCAGAGCUGCCUCGACAUACACCCAGGCUGGGAGGUGCACCUGUGGACAGACGAGAAUGCGCCCGACUUCGUGCGCGAGCGGUUUCCCGAGCUGUUUGGCAUAUGGAACAACUACCCGUACCAUAUCGACCGUGCUGACGCAUUGCGCUAUAUGGUGCUCUUUGAGUUCGGGGGCGUCGCUAUCGACAUGGACCUGAAAUGCAAGCGUGCUCUUGGCCCUUUGCGGCGCUUCGACUUUGUCGCCCCUGAGGCGCAACCGACGGGCUUUAGCAUCGCCUUCAUGAUGGCGGCCCGGCGCAACCCCUUUAUCCAUGACAUCUUGCGCAACCUCAUGGCCUACAACCGGCCGUGGCUCGGGAUGCCGGACCCGACUAUAAUGCUCGGCGCAGGCUGCCACUUUGCGAGUUUCAUGCACGCCGCGCAGAUGAACCGCAGCUCCCUUAAGAUACUGCCUGGCCCUAUGCACAGCCUCCGUGGGCGAGCCACGACGCCCAUCUUCGACCACUUCGGAAGCUCGCCGCGGCACUCGCCUGAGGCGCGACUCCUCGUAACACUGGGCUACCGCUCUAGCCUUGUCCUCUUCGUCAGCGUCGGUGUUGUCCUAGUGCUGCUUCUACGCAGGCGAGUAUUUCUGCGGCGGUCAUAA